AUGGGGGGGAAUGAACCUAAUUGUAUGAUCACAGAUCAGGAUCCAGCAAUGAAAAUUGUUGUUGCAAGUGUGUUUACGAAGACUGAACAUCGUUUCUGUAUGUGGCACAUAAUGAAAAAGUUACCUGAUAAGGUGGAGAAAUCAAUCAUGCAAGAGGAAACUGGUUUCCUAAAAAAAUUAUGUGCUUGUGUUUGGCAUCUUGACAUUGAUCCAGCUGAGUUUGAAGAAAGGUGGAACAACAUGAUGAAAGAAAAUGGAUUGGAAGUUGCAAAAGUAAGUGAAGGAAAUCGGGCUAGAACAUUUGAUGUAGUGUUUAAUCCAAUUAACUUUGACACCACAUGUUCUUGCAAGCUAUUUUAUAGACUGGGAAUUGCAUGUAGACAUCUGAUUUGGGUUUGGAAAGCAAAAAGGUUGGAAACCAUUCCUGAUCAGUAUAUGCUACACAGAUGGACUACUUUGGCAUUGAAGAAACCAGUUUUUGACUUGGGAGGAAACCUAUUGGAGCAAUGUGCUAAUAUAGUUGACAAGAAAAAGCUGUUAAAUGAUUUAUGGUCAGAAAUUCACAGUUGUGUAAGUUUGGCAGAAGGCAAAGAUGAAGAUAUUCAAGACCUUUUGAUAAAUCUUCAAGGAAUAAGAAAAGAUUUGGAGGCUAAGAGGAUUGCAAGAACUAAUGAAACAACAUCUGGAAGUACAAACAACAAAGAACAAGACCUUGAGCUAUUGAUUGGAGUUAGUGUGCCAAAUGAGAUAAUUGUUAAACCUCCAAAAAUUUCAAAGAAUAAAGGAACUGGAGUUCAUGUAUCAAAUGAAGAGAAUUCAAAAAAGAAAGGGCCUGUGAUUGAUGAGUCAAAUGUUGAAACAAGAGGUAGAAGUGCAAAAAGGCUGAAGGGAGAAAAAGAGAAGGCUAUAGAACAAAACCAGAAAAAGAAGAGAUUAUGCAGAGUUUGUUUAACAGGUUUAACAAUGGUUGAGUAUGUUUCUUUGUGA